AUGACAACUCAACAAAGUCUGGAUACUCUUCCAUUUGAUGUGUUUUAUCAGAUCGCAACCUCGCUGGACGACCGUGAUCUUGUGAACCUCAGUCGCGCCAAUCGUGCUCUCUAUUCUCUGUCGCAAAGCGAACAGAUUGCCCGCAAGACCGUGGAAAAUGUCUUACUCCACAGUAAAGAAGGUCAGGCUGCCAUAGCAGCCCAGUCGGGGUUUCGCAAAGCCGUCGGGCAUCGGCUUGCUAUCCACGAAGCCGUCGCCACGGCAGAUCCGUAUUCAGUGGUCUGCUUAGGCUACGGAUCCGAAUUUCUAUACAAUCAAGGCUACUUGUGUUACCGUUCUGAUCAUUGGAUUCGUCUGCUGUACGUGCAUGGUGAUGCGUCCAGGGAGCUUGUCAUGGAUCUCCGCGAGUUCAUCCCUACAUUGCUGGAAACUGCUCCCGUGGAGGCAGACGUAACAGACCGGGUUACCCUCUUAAGCUACAGUGAUGAUAUUCUCGUGUUUCAAGUGGCCGAGAUAAAUGCGACCGAAGAUGGGCUGUACGUGGUCGAUAUGGCAUGGCGGGAAACCCAUCAGAGACGGAGACGUCCCCUGCUCAAGAAGGCAAUCCCAGCAUCCGCACCAAUCUUCGUACGACACAGUGGGACCUACAUUUGGUAUGGCACAUUUACUGCGGCCGAUGGCUCUGAUGGUGUGUGGUCUAUCACUGGUGUGGAUCUCGAAUCGUAUGAAUCUAUCAACUUCCCUCUCGACCGAGUGGUCGAUGGCGAUCUUGGCCAGACACUGUGUUUUGAGAUGCAUGAUGAACAUCUCUAUGCAGUUUCAACCCAGGUUGCCUCAGAUGAUGAUGAAGUACACUCCUCUUUCUACCAUUGGCUCUGUCAUGCCCCUCGCGAACAAUGCCGCAAAUGGAACGGUCGCUUCUGGCGGCGAGAGCACCAAGAAGGGCCCAUUAAUGAGAUGUGGACUGAUCUCUCAAUUCGUAAAGAUGAGACUACUGGCCGGCCAGUCAUACUUGAAUGUCGCCGUGAGUGGCGCGACGGCAAGAGCGAAAACCACCGUACAUAUUACACACAGCGACUUCCCACACCAGAAGAAGCUCUAGCGCCCCUUUCGGGGGGCGCCAUCGAAACUCCAUCCUGGGUCUCUAUGGACUAUGACCUUGAGAAUGAACACCCCUACGAUGAGCGACCUGCCAAGAGGCUGCGGCGGCAUUAUCAUGCUGAGUACGAGUCUGGCUCUACAAAACGGCAGGAAUUCAUCCCAGCUCGCACUAAACACAGGAGUUACCACCUUGCUGCAUCUACCUUUGUCGACAUUGUCAAUGACCCUGCCGGCGAUAAUCUGCGAUCUCGAGAUCGGAUCCGCCUCCGCACAGUGUCACGCAAGCGAAAAUGUCCCAUUGACGAGGAGGGAAUUGAGGGACCUCGCAACCGACUGUUCCAGCCCACCCAGGUGGACCAAGAUGGCCGUCCUAUCGAAGGCUCCGAGGAGCGAUUCGAGUGUCGUGGCGUGCACAUGUGGCCUCCAGAUAACGCCCCGCCUGCAUUACAGCAAUUGCUCUGUCCAGGCCCGCGCAUUGGUUCCGUGAAAAGUGUUGCAGAUGAACGCUCAAUCAUCUACUCGAUCGAUGCCCCUGGACUUCCCCCAAAUCAACAAGCUCUUAUCCUCAUUAGCUUUGAUCCUCAUUUCCAACUUCCUAUUACCACGUCUCUUCCUACUGCUACCUCUCCUGCAGAUGCCCGGGAUCCUGGGGAAUUAUUUCCAAAGACCCUGAAGCCACCACCUCCGAAUUUCCCCUCGCGCAAGUUUGUGGAAGAAGCACCGCCCUUUUACAUGGAUAUCAAGCGCGGGUACCAUCUGCGUGGGAGAAGGGAUUGA